AUGGUUGCUAUGUGUUCCGCCUUUUUCACAACUGCGCUGCUUCUGUGCGCUUAUCGUUAUUUACCGACAACAAACAGACAGGGAGAGAGAAACCAGCGAACCAUAAAAAGAUAUAUACUACUGUGGAGUGACCCAAGUUUAGCUCCUUUGAGUUAUUUACGUCACGCAUACGACGCGUUUACAUCGAACGAUUGUGAAUACACGAACUGCCACGUUUCGUAUACUGUCAGCGAUCUGGGAGCCGUGGUUUUCUUCGAUGCAAUCGUGUUCAACGGACGGCAACUGCUUUCAGAUAAAGAACACCAUUUUCCACGAUAUAGGACGCCUAAGCAGAAAUAUGUUUAUGCCAACAUGGAGUCGUCUCAGAAUUAUCCCGUUUACGACACUUACCUCAACGGUUUCUUUAAUUGGACCUGGACAUAUAAGUUGGAUUCUGAUUUGCGUUGGGGCUACUUCACAGUUUACAACUUGGCGGGGCAAGCUGUUGGGCCUAAAAAAGAAAUGCACUGGCAAAAGAUGGAUCCUAUAGACAACCAGACCAAGGCUCGUUUGUCUUCAAAGAGCGUAGCAGCAGCUUGGUUUGCGUCUAACUGUGACACACGUAGUAAAAGGGAAGCAGUUGCUAAAGCUAUGGAGAGUAUGCUGCACCGUCACGGACUUUCAUUACACGUCUACGGGGCGUGUGGCCAUGGGCGGCAUGGCAACUGUGCGCGGGGAAAUCCAGCGUGUGACAAAAUUUUGGAAACGAAAUACUACUUCUACUUGGCGUAUGAAAACUCGCUGUCUGAAGACUAUGUGACAGAAAAGGUGCUGACGGCUCUGAAUCACUACACGGUGCCUAUUGUGUUCGGAGGCGCUAAUUAUUCCAGGUUCCUGCCUCCUGGCAGCUACUUGGAUGCACGCAAGUUGGGCGCUAAACGUCUGGCGGCGCGGAUGGCCGCCAUUAUUGAUGACCACAAGAAAGGCAACGGCCGCCUGUACUUUGACUUCUUUAGAUGGCGAAACCAUUACGUAUUCAAAGCAACAGCUGAGGAAGAAGACGUAUGCAACAUAUGUAAACUGCUCAACGACCCAGCAGCACUGACAAGAACGACUGUUCAUUCAAAUUUUAGGGAAUGGUGGAUGGAUAAGAGCCUCUCAGAAACAGUGACCUCCAGAAUAAGAUAA